UGCGGAAUACACCUACCAUUAUCGAUUACUAAUUUAAGAAGUAGGAGAGAAAACAGACAACAAAAAAUUUUAACGCAUUAGGAAAAAAAUUAACUUUGUCUUUUACUCAGAUUAGAAAGGAGUUAAAAUUACUUUAGAGUAAAGUGCAAAUUCCAUCAAAAUCAUAUUAAUUUUUAUAAAUUAAUUAAUUAAUGAGAUGGCUAUGGAUGUGAUAAAUAAAUUCUACUCAACCGUGCAUACAACAGUGUCCCAGCUGUCUGGAGUUUUACCAGGAAAUAACGUCACCCGAGAAUAUGAGGUGCUGGAGCAGGUUUGUACGGCGGGUAUUGGCCUAAUGUGGAAGGUAUACAAUGGCUAUAAGAAGAGUACCAAGCAGGAAGUGUCAGUAUUUGUAUUCGAAAAGAAAAUGCUAGAGCGCUGGUCAAAAGAUGAUCGCGAAACGAUGCUGGAAACUUUGAGGCGAGGAGUGCAACAGUUGACAAAAAUACGACAUCCGCACGUUCUGACAGUGCAACAUCCGCUAGAAGAAUCACGGGAUUCAUUAGCUUUUGCCACGGAGCCAGUGUUCGCAUCGCUGGCGAAUGUUGUUGGUGAUUCGGUGCGUUCGGAUAAAAAAUUAUAUGAUGUUGAGAUACGUCAUGGGCUUCUCCAACUCUUUGACGGUUUGUCAUUUCUGCACAACGACGCGAAAAUUGUGCAUCGUAAUAUUUGUGCUGAGACCAUUGUGAUUAAUAAAAAUCGCAGUUGGAAGCUAUUUGGCUUUGAUUUCUGCAUUGCCAAUCAGCCGUCGGUGGAUGGUAAACCAUUUUGGUCAUGUCGCGAAUAUUCGACUUCUAUACAUGUGCUAGCACAGCCAAGUCUAGAGUAUUGUGCUCCCGAAAUAGCGUUGAAUUCUAUAAAUUGCGCCGAAAGCGAUUUAUUUUCUUUAGGUGUGCUAAUUUUCACGAUUUAUUCGGGGAAACCGCUAAAAAUGUUUGGCAGUGAUUACAGCUCAUUUCGACGUUACGCGGCUGAACUUAACCAGCGGAAAUACCCGUCAAUGAAUAGUAUACCCAGUGACUUGAUUGAGAGCUUAAGAGCGUUGCUGCAUCCCAGUUCGCAUAUGCGCCCACAGUUGCACGAACUAAAACAGAUCUCUUAUUUUCAAGAUGUGGGCGUUAAAACACUCAGCUAUUUGGAUUCCCUAUAUCAGUGGGAUAAUUUACAAAAAUCCAAAUUUUACAAAGGACUUCCACAAAUUAUACCAACAUUACCGCAUCGCGUCAACUUACAUUCCAUAUUACCUUAUCUAGUAAAGGAAUUUGUAAAUUCACCAAUGAUACCAUUUGUUUUACCAAAUGUCCUGCUUAUUGCUGAAAUGAGCAGUCAGAAGGAGUAUUGCGAGCACAUUUUAACGCAUCUUAAACCCAUUUUCAAACUGACCGACCCCAUACAAAUAUUAUUAAUUUUCAUGCAAAAAAUGGAUCUUCUGUUGAAGUUAACACCCGCUGAGGAAGUCAAGCUGCAUGUAUUACCACUGCUCUAUCGUUCACUGGAAUGUGAUAUGCCACAAAUACAGGAGUUGUGCCUGGCUGUCCUACCAACCUUUUCUAAUUUGAUCGACUACAACGCCAUGAAAAAUGCUGUGAUACCGCGCAUUAAGAAACUUUGCCUGCACAGUACCAACGUCUCGGUGAAAGUGAAUUGUUUGGUAUCAAUUGGUAAACUCUUAGAAGAUCUUGACAAAUGGUUGGUGUUGGAUGAAAUAUUGCCCUUCCUGCAGCAGAUACAAAGCCGUGAACCGGCUAUAAUAAUGGCUAUAAUUGGAAUUUACAAAAUUGCCAUGACCAAUACCAAGCUGGGUAUUACUAAAGAUGUAAUGGCGCACAAAUGUAUACCAUUUCUAAUGCCACUCUGCGUUGAGAAUGGACUGACUAUUGCACAAUUUAACACAAUUGUGGCAUUGAUUAAGGAAAUGUUCAGUCGGGUAGAGAAGGAGCAACGCGAGAAAUUGGAACAACUUUCAACUAUUCAAAGAGAAAAUAAGCCACGUGACGCUUCUGAAAUUUUGGCUAACGAAUUAGAAAAAGGUUCCGGUGCCUUAUCACAAGGCUCAAAAGCAAAUAUAAAUCUCUCGAAUAGUGCCAACAGUGAUGAUGAUAUGUUUUCUGGAUUUUCCAUAUCACAGCCAACGAAACAUUUAAACGCCACAGUGCAAACAAGUCAACCACAAAAACUAAAACCGAACACUGACACUCUAAAAAUAUCACACAACGCAUCGCCCAAACCCGACAUUCUCUCCUCGUUAAUGAAUUCGAAUCUAUCUAAUCUAAGCAAUUGUUCAACGCCAAAGACUGCUAGACCUCCCAACGUAGUGCAGUCAAUUGUGAAUCCCUACGCUUCUCUAGGCUCUAGUGGCAGCAAUGCGAUUAGUUCAAAUCAAUCACGUUCGAAUGAAGACUGGACUAAUAGCUGGCAUAGCGCAAACCCGUUGGUUAUGAAUAAUCAACUCGCUUCACCACAAGCUGGUAGUAGUAGUAAUAAUAAUUUGUCUUCAUUGGAUAAUUUAGAUCCAUUUGGUGGAGGCAAUAAGAACAUCAGUGUACAACGACCAGCAGUGAAUUAUAUUUAUCCGAGUGGCUAUAUUAGCGGUGGAGUCAACAAUGGCAAUGCCAAUAGCAUGAAUAGUAUGAAUAAUUUAACUCCAUUGUUACCGCAACAAAGUACAACACAACUACAAGCGCAGGAUUGCAAAAAUCUGAAUGCAUUAUCGCAACAAGAUAUUUUAAGUUUUCUUAAUUAACUUAUAUUUUCAAAAUAAUUUCUGCAAAGUGGCAGCUAUGCAAGCUGCAGGCAUUCCACAUACCUCAUCUUGAUAUAUUAGCACGGGGAAAAAGAAAUCCAUUAUUUUCUCAGUAGAUGACGGUAGGGAUCGAUAUCUCGUAAAAUAUCGAACAAACAACUUAAAGUUUAUGCUCGUAGUCAAGGUGACAUUUGACUAAAAAAAAUUAUUUUGCUGUUUUACAUGGUGUUAACAAUGGAAGUCAUCAAAGAGAAAAUUCGGUACAUUUUACCGUUAUUCUUUGAUAAAGGCGACAAUGCAAGCCAGGCCACUGAAAGUGUGAUUGGUGUUUAUGGUGCCGAAAGUAUAACGGUAAUUACGUCAGUUUUGGUUUCAUCGAUUCCGUUCAGACAUUUUUGAUGUUAAAGAAAAUGUCGAUAAAUUCACAAAAAUAAUCGAAGUUGAUCGGCAUGUUAGUAGUCGUACCAUCGUCCAGGAGCCAAAGAUCAACCAUAAAACAGUUUUAAACCAUUUGCACAAAAAUAAUGGAUUUCUUUUUCCCUAACCUAACAUUUACACGAAAAGUGUGAAAAUGUGUAUGACCAUUUUAAAUAUCAAGGAAAAUUUUCUAAACAGCAGCAGUAUCGGGGGAAUUAUUCAAACGAUGUGGAAACUGUUUUUAGGCGUAGAAUAUAAAAAGUGCAAUAUGCGGUGUAUGUAUGUUUUAUUUUUUUUGUUUUGUUUUUGUAUACCCAUGUCAACUGGUGAUCAUCUACAUAGAACUUUGUUACACUUUUUAGGUAAAAACAUUGAUGGAAUUUCAGCAGAUUCUGCUUGUCAUGUUUAACUAGUUUUUGUUUUUGUAAAUUUUGUGAAGAAACUUCAAUUGUGUGAUUGAGCGGUAAAACCUUUUAUUUUCGAAGUUUUCAGCGCAAAAGCUUAUACUUGCAUAUUUUUAGUGUGUAUCGAAUUGAAUAAUAAUAAAGAAUUCCAAAAUAAUUCU